CAGAAUAGAGUAUUCUCCAAUGUUUUGGAAUUUUAAGGAAAAUGGAGACUUUGCAGACUGAAUGGAGACGAAACGAAGCAAAAACACCCAGAAAAUAAGUGAAAUCGAUGCGCUUCCACGGUUUUAAACAGCUUGGUCGGCCAUGGAUUCGCCACAGACUUUUGUAGAGGAAAUAAAUAUCACCGAAAUCGACUUCAAGGAGGUUGUUGGUAAAGGUGCGUUUGGUGUUGUAAGUCGAGGAAUAUGGCGAGAUAAAUUAGUUGCUGUUAAAAACAUAGAAACAGAGUCUGAGAGAAAGGCAUUUUUAACAGAAUUAAAACAGCUAUCACGUGUCAGUCAUCCAAACAUUGUCAAACUUUAUGGUGCCUGCACAAAACACCCGGUAUGCCUUGUUAUGGAAUAUGCAGAGGGUGGUUCACUCUAUAAUGUUUUACAUGGCACUCAGUUUCAACCUGAAUAUACGGCAGCUCAUGCAAUGAGUUGGGCAUUACAGUGUGCACGAGGUGUGGAAUAUUUACAUGGAAUGAGUCCUAAAGCUCUCAUACACAGAGAUCUCAAACCUCCCAAUUUGUUGUUGAUUAUGGGAGGUACUGUGUUGAAGAUAUGUGAUUUUGGAACAGCUUGUGAUAUUCAAACACACAUGACUAAUAACAAGGGCAGUGCUGCUUGGAUGGCACCAGAAGUCUUUGAAGGUAGUAAUUACAGUGAGAAAUGUGAUGUAUUUAGUUGGGGAAUUAUACUAUGGGAAGUUAUAACACGACGUAAACCAUUUGAUGAAAUUGGUGGACCAGCCUUCAGAAUAAUGUGGGCAGUACAUCAAGGUAAACGUCCUCCAUUGAUAAGAAAUUUGCCAAAGCCACUAGAAUUGUUGAUGACUAGAUGUUGGUCUGGUAAUCCUGUAGAACGACCAUCCAUGGCAGAAGUUGUCAGAAUUAUGCAUCAUUUAUUUCAGUUUUUCCAUGGAGAUGAUAAACCUUUGGUGUAUGAGGAUCCAGAUUAUUAUGACCAGUCUGAAUAUAAUUAUCGAAGCACAGGAAGUAAUAUUAGUCAGUAUGGAACAACAGUAUCAGCAUCGCCACCUGGUACCGUUAGUCAGCAACUAAUAGACUCACAUGGUGGUACAAUAAAAAACACAGUUCCGCAAGGCAUACCUGUUCACGUCGCUUAUCAACCCAACAGAUCUGCACCUAUUGUAGUUGAGACAACCAAUCGUUCACCACCUAAGAUUGUGAUUGAGGAAGAACGUGUUCCAGUACCUGGUCAACAAAGUGCUCCAGCUUCUUUAGCAGCAAGUCUUGAAAGUUUAUCAAGUCCACAAAGUUCUCGAGCCGAAACACCUGUACAAGCUGAAGCGACACACAAACGUAGAUCGGCCGAUUUUACUAACUUCAAUGAUAAUAAUCUAAACUUACAAAAACCAGGCAAUCAUCAGAGAGUUUUCGGUCAUCGACGAUCAGGGUCACAUGGCACGCCUUAUGUAUUUUUACCAACGACGGUACCAGAACAACCAACGGCCCUAGCUCUGAACAGAUACCCAUCUUGUGAAACACUCUUGCUUCCACAACCACAAGCUAGUUCUAAUACACGAGGUUAUACUCACAAGCGUAUUGGAUCAGAUGAAACGAAUCGCGUAUCAAUACCCAGUUUUGGUGGUGGUAUUGGUGGUGGUGGUGGGCCAGUACAUCAAGUACGAACAUAUCCUAGUAAUCUAAACCAGGCUGGUAACACACGGCAAUCACCAGCACGCUCAGUAUCUCAUCAACCACAGACGUCUGAUCAUGGAGGAGUUAAUAAUUCGUCGGGGCAUCGUCCAAUACAUAUACAGACUUCUCCACAACCAGUUAAAGCAGGUGGUGAGGCUAAUGGGCAGGUAUUUAGUAACAUGAUGAGCAUGGUUUAUUUAUCACUGGAUAAUCCUCUACAGCCCUUGGCCCCUUUUCCAGAGAACGUGGAAUCAAUGGCGAUAUAUGACGAACAUUGUAAUUUAAUGCAGGAAUAUUUACGUGAAAGAACAGAAAUGGCUCUACUCAUACAACGAAAACAUGAGUUGACAAAACAGUUUGAAAGAGAAGAGAGAUUGAAUCAACAGAGUAGUGGUCGUGUUGCUAACGAAUAUGCUAGAUUAUCCACAGAAAAUGAAAGCUUAGUAACAGCCCAUCGAGAACUGACACGAGAAGUUACCAACCUAAGACAACAGAAGAGAACAGCUGUACAUUGAUUAUGGACCAGUUGGGCUUGAUGGCUUCACCCUGACCAUAAUACUAACUUGUUAAAUACUGUAAACUUUGUUACUUUUAAGGGCAUAAAAUAUUUUAGUGUUAUUAAUUACUGGUCCUACUGAUUACCUCCAACAGCGGCAUAACUAUUUCAACAAUUUGUCCGACAUAAAGAACUUUUAAAAUUUUGAAUAAAUAGAUAAUUUUGUUAUUAAAGAUCCAUUUGCUGAUGAAAAUAAAGGGAAAUAAUUUGUACAUAGGCCUAAUAAUGUUAAGCUUAAUAGUUUAUACAUAGGCCUAAUGAUGUUAAGCUAAAUAGUUUGUACAUAGGCCUAAUAUUCUUAAACUUGAUAUUUUUUACAUAGGCCUAAUGAUUUUAGGCUUAAUAGUUUUUACAUAUGCCUAAUAAUAGGUUUUACGUAGCCUAAUAAUAGUUUUUACGUAGCCUAAUAACAUUAAGCUUAAUAGUUUGUACAUAGCCCGAAUACUGUUAAGCUUAAUAGUUUUUAAAAAGGCCUAAUGAUUGUUUUACAUAGGCUUAAUGAUUUUAGGCUUAAUAGUUUUUACGUAGGCCUAAUGAUGUUAGGCUUAAUAUUAUUUUUUACGUAGGCCUAAUAACUUUAAGCCUCAUAAUGUUUGUACAUAACUUUAAGCCUAAUAAUGUUAGUACAUAACUUUAAGCCUAAUAAUGUUUGAACAUAACUUUAAGCCUAAUAAUGUUUGAACAUAACUUUAAGCCUAAUAAUGUUUGAACAUAAAUUUAAAUCUAAUAAUGUUUGUAUAUAACUUUAAGUGUAAUAAUGUUUGGUGGGAGAUUAACGAGAUAUAUUUUUAAAGUAUUAAUUAGAGAAAAGUCACUUACUAACCUUUAGUUAGGAUCUUCUGCUUUUCUUCUAAACAAAUUUAUUUCAUUAAAUAAAAUUUAACAUAUUGAUGAGAAGACUUUUUUUUAACGGCUGUUUUAAACUCUCUCUCUCUCUCUCUCUCUAGUGGAUUUAAUAAAUACAAGAUUUAGAAUUUCAUCCGCCAUCUCUCUCUCUCUCUCUCUCUCUCUCUCUCUCAAAAUUUGUUCUUUAAGAAAGCAUUCACUUUGUGACUGUUGUCUUCAGGUCUUAGACUGGUGAGUUAGCUUAUGCAUGGAUAUAAAUAGACUGUUAUUAUUAUUAUUAUUAUAAUUUGGUGCACAAAGGGAAACAGAAGAGAGAGAGAGAGAGGUUUGUGUUUAACUUACUGACAACCAUACUGCUAAUUUUUGAAGUUGUGUUUUGUUUUUUUUUAUAGUUAGAUAUACUGAUUAUGUAAUAAUGGUUUAUAAUUACAAAUAACUGGAAGAAGCAUUAUUAUGUAAGAUUUAGAUAAAGAGCUUGUCGUUCUUGCUAUAAUAUUUAAAAAAUAGUUCAUGAAGAAUGAAGAUUUUGAAAAUAUCAGUGAAAUUACUAUACUCUGAUCUUAGUUAUCUUUGUUUCAAGGCAGUGGUUCUCAACCUUUUUUUGCCAGCGGCACACCUUGGAAUACAUGAAAACAUAGUGGCACACCUGGAUAAAUAUAUAUGAAAAAUAUUUGAGUUUUGCAAAAAAACCCAAAACAUGGUAAGUCAGACGGCAUAUAGCCAUAGACAGAGACUAGUCAUAGACGCAUAGAAAGACUCAAAUUGAAUAAAGAACUUAUCGGUCGGCACACUAAGGAAAAUCUCGCGGCACACUGGUUGAGAAUCACUGCUUCAAGGUUCAACAAGAAUAGCAUACUCUGCUCUCGAUUUUCCAUAUUUGCAUUAACCAAUUAAAUAGCACUGGUGAUCUAACCCAAUUAAUAUCCAAGGCACCAGAUGGUCUAGAGAGUUGAUUAUGGAAUUAAUGUAUAUAUAAUAAUUUAAAUCACAUUUGAAAUCAGGAAUUAAGAGCUUGAAUAGGCAGAUUUAGCUCUUACAUAAUGCAUGGUUAAUUAAUAAACAGAGUAUUUAGUGAU